AUGGUCGUUAAAAUUACCAAGGAGGAUGAAAGACUCUUGGAAGAAUACAGUCAAGCAGCUUCGAAAAGUUCUGAAAAGCUAGUUUACGUUAACGCCAUUAUGAUAUCUUCGAUUCCUAUCUGGUUAUUUUGGGGCGUUCACAAAAUGCCUCUGAUAGCUAAUUCAUUCUUGUAUGUAAUCAUUUCACUGGCCUCAACCUUCCUCAUAUCUAUCGCAUACAAAAAUUCAAAGACGCCUUUGAUGGAAAAGAUUGCUAUCCGUCGAACCGAAGCAAUUACUAAAGAAGUCAAUAACGAAGCUGGUAAAGACAAAAAGUUGUCGAAGAAGAACAGAGAGGAUGUUGUCCGUGAACGAACUAAAAAGGUUGCUGAUUACGAAUCUACGACUUUCUCAAUAUUUUACAAUAAUUGUCUAUUUCUCCUAGUCUUACUGUUACUUUCUGCCGUCCUUCAUCAUUUUUCGAAUCAAGUUUAUAAUCAGGUACAUGUUUAUCGUUCAUAAUCGUCGUGCUCAGAUGAAUUAUUAGGUUGUCCGUCAUCUGAUCAAUCCCACUAGUCAUUUCACAUGAAAAUUUUUAGCUUGCUAACAAUUUUACAAUUAUUUGACAACAUACUCUGUUUUUGACCGCAGUAAGUCUAAAGGUGUUUACUUAACGGAAUAUACUAUGAUACUUAACGUUCGUUUAAAACGUGAAAGACCACUAGCUUGUUUUUCUUUGCUUUUUCAUUUCAUAACCUUCAUUUCGGGUAGUUGUAAAAUGAAACCGAGUUUCAAAGUUUGCUUGGUGUUUCAUAAUAUCAAUCACAAGGCAAUCCUAUUACCAAAGUAAUUUACGUAUGACUAGAUGUAGUUUUAAUGUUUUCCAUUUCCUUAACUAAUAAAUUAGGAAUUACUCUGUAUCGAUGUUACU